AUGUCGUCUGAAGCAGGAUCCAAGCAAGAUGCCCGAGUUUCGGAGAGACGACGCCGCAACCGAGUCGCUGUCUCCUGCUUCAGCUGUCGGUCGCUGAAGACCAAAUGUGAUGGACGGAGGCCCAUCUGCUCGACCUGCGAACACAAUGGACGGAACUGCGUAUACAUGCAGCGAGGCAUCUCCGGUGGCCCCAGCAACACGGUGGUCGUGGAGCAAGAUUACCUGAAAGCGCUCGAGCAACGCCUGGAAGCUCUGGAGAGCAGGUCGAGGCUCGACUCGUCGACUCAAAGCACGCCGAUUGAGCGUAAUGGGCCCCCUUCAGGCUAUCGACAUGGCGUCCGGCACCCGCCAUCAUCCCUCAACGCUUCGGCAGCUGCCUCCUCUGCCAGCAGCCACACGUCCACCGUUGUGGCUGACGCAGACGUGUCCAUGGGCGGGGUGUCGUUCACACAGCUCAUCCUGAACGCCUUGCACGGCCAUGAAAGCGUCAAGGCGUACUCGCGAACCAUUGACAACGACGUCCGCGAACAAGAGUCCCGCCUCACCGAGGAGGACCUGUACACCCUGCCAGCCAGUGCGGGUGAGCUGCUGACCCAGUUCUUCACGCUCCGACACCCGCUGUCGCCUGUCUUCCACGUCCCGAGUAUCCGGCCGCUCUUCGACGCGGCCCUCCGCUGUCCCCCGGACCAGCGGUCCCACCACAAGUCAAUCUUCGUCCUGCUGAACAUGAUCUUUGCCAUCUGCACAUCACACUGGGUCAUCGACGCCCAGGGCAACCCUCGUGCGGCACGCAGACACUACGACAUCGCCAUGUCGCUCAUCCAGCCGAACCUGCUCAGAGAUUGGCGACUGGAGCACGUGCAGGCGCUCCUGAUCGGGGCGAGGUACCUACAGGGCUCGAGCUGUGCGAAUGAGUGCUGGAACAUUCUUGGCCUGGCCAUCCGCAUUGCAUAUGGCCUCGGUCUUCACAGAGAUCCACCGGACACGGAUCCUCAUCCGUUACGGGAGACGAAGAGACGCGUGUGGUACGCGGCGUACACGUUGGACGUGCUGCUCAGCAUGAUCUAUGACCGCCCCUCCAUGAUCCGUUCGGAUGAGUGCUCGGUCAGUCUGCCGACCGACUUGGAUGACGAAUAUAUCCAGAGCGCCCCGAUGCCGCGACCGCCCUCGUCCAUGUCAUUUUCCAUCGAGGUGAUCAAACUGUACCGUAUCAUCGAGGCCUUCAAGUCCCAGCUGAAGGGCAGCGUGGACAGCGGCCGGAAGGUCGUCGAGCUGGUGAUGCCCCUGGACGAGCUCCACCGGAAAUGGUACCGAUCACUGCCGGCGCACCUGAUCCUCGACUACCAGGCCCCCAAGGAACAGCCCUGGAUCCUCGCCCUGCGCGGGAACAUGGUCAAGAUUCUGAUCCAUCGGCAGUCGCUGACGGUGUCUCUGCGCGGGCUUUUGGAACCUCAGGACGUGGAGGAUUCGGUGGUGAGCCACGCGUUGCAGUCCAGUCGCGACACCUGCAUUAGCGCCGCAAUGGAGAGCAUCGAUAUUGUCGCGUUGAGACACGAACACACCAAGAACACCAUGGGUUUGAACUGGUUCAACAUCUAUUAUUUAUUCAACGCAGUCAUUGUCCUGGUCUCCCACGUGAUCGAACCGGCGUACCACAAUGACCGCGCCGCGCUCUCCAAAGUCGACACGGCGCUACGCAUGAUCCAAACCAUGUCGCACGACCAUGCCUUCGCUCAGCGCGCCUACACCUUCGUGCAGCAGCUUCUCGGGUACAUGCACCCGGCCACCGUCGCCGCAACGGCCGCCCAGCAGCAGCAGCAACGGAACCACGACGCUAUUCCGCCCCUGCAUCCUGACCACGGGGGACAGUUGCCGCUGCCACAACAGCCGCCACAGCCGCCACAGCCACUGCAGCACGAGCACGAGCACGAACACGGCAACGUCGAGCCCAUCCCCAGCCUGCACACCCUCUACGGAUUCACGCAGGACCUGACCGACAACCUGGUGAAUUACCUGGACACCUUCGACAACUCGGGCUUUGCGGACGAGCCGUGGUCGUCGACGACGACAACGAACGACCAAAACAACAUGCAUAUGACGGGGUUCAGUAACGUUAUGUAG